GCUUAUGGGAUGUUUAAGUUUGCUGCUGUAAACUUCUAUGUCUGUCACCAAGUUGCAAAGAUGACAGGAAGUUGGUGGGGGUGUGGGCAGUUGAGAGAAGGUUGUGGUAGUUUCUAUGGUAACGGCUUCUAAUAUACAUCAAAAUUCCAUUACGUUAUUUUGAGUUAAUGCAUCUCGAAGACCGAGGGGAGGGUCGCUCAAAACAGUCACCUCAAAAUUGGUGUAUAUAUAGCAUGACUGCUAGUUGUCAUGUUUAUCGGACUGAGGACUGUACUAAAUCAGCAUGAGUUAUCUUGGAAAAGCAUGACGAGAAGCACAAGCUUUGGUGAUUCCUGUGAAAUGACUAAAAACUGAGAGAUGCAAAGUUCUCCUACUUGCCACUGUUGUGUAGUAACUAGAGAGCGUAGGUGGCUCAGAAAGCUGCUGGUAAAUCAGCUCCAUACAAAACUGGAAAGUUCUCCAUUCUCAGAAGUCUGCUAGCCAGAAAUGGGACUGGGAAAGGCAUUCUGAAAGGUGUGAACAUCAACGAAAUCUGGCUGCAUAAGAUCAGCCUUUAUGUUGACUUUUGAUGCCGCUCUUCUUAAACCCCGAUGGAAGAAUCUCGCACUGGCCAAGGCAAAGGGUACACACUCGCUCCGGGCCACAUCGCCAACCCGUAGGAGGCACCGUGCACCGGACCACAUCUCAAAUCCUCAGCUGGUGGAAUAGGACUUCCCAUCUUCUCUGUCUGGAGUGAGAAUCGCUGCCAUGGCUCCUUGGGCCUUCUCUCUCAUGCUGUGGGCUGCGGUGAUGUUCCCUCAAGCCUUGCUGCAAGAGGCCAAUGGGACCCUGUCACCAGACAUGCAAGCCCCAACCACCUUGAGUGGUAUGCAGGAAGCAUCCAGUAUAGGUGCAUUGGCGGUGGGCGGAUCCACGAUGGCACCUAUACUCCAUGAAACAGAAGCGGCCUCUAUAUUGCCUCUGAUAGGUGGAACCCAGGAGCCAAUCAAAAUCGAAGUAACCGAUCAGGGAGGAACAACUAGUCAACCUGCAAAUGACUUUCAGUCAGCCACCAACCACCAGCUUCUCUUGGCGUUGACUUCAAAGGCUGCUCUUGCCUCGAGUUCUUCAGUGAACAACACCUCCACCCAUGCACCGUCUAACAUAACCUAUUCUCACUCCACCCCCACACUCUCAACUCAUUCUAUGUCUAACUCCACCUCCGGACUGCCUGGUUCCACCCCCACACUGUUAAACUUAAUCCAUUCUAUAUCUAGCUCCAUCGCUGCAUCUCCUCACUCAACCCCGCCACUGUCUGACACGACCCAUUCAGCAUCUCAGUCCAGCACGGGGCUCUCAGCCUCCACCUCUGUUACAUCCAACUCAACAGCUGCUUCUCUUCACAAACGCAAAGGAUCAUCUGACUCUACCCAAGCCUCUGUCAUUUCCACGUCCAAGCCCACUGACUCUACAAACUCCUCCAUGGGAGCCGUGGUCCCCAAGAAGCCCUUGACCACUGCGUCAGCAACGACCAGGUCCUCUACGAUACACCAUGAGGGGAACAAUGCGUCAGGGGGCAGCAACUGCCUUUCCCGUAAGGAUGGGUUGGUGAGCCAAUGCUUAAUCGCCAUAGCCUCCCUGGCUGCAGUGGCUACCUUCUUCAUGGUCUGCACCAUCUUCCUGUGCACCAAGCUCUCCGCCCAAAAACACCGGUACAGGAUGAGCAUGAAUCAGGGCACCGAGAUGAUGUGCAUCUCUAGCCUACUACCUGACGGUGACGUCGCUCAUGCCAAACUUCGCUACCCAAAAUCCAAUGGUGCCCUGAUCCCCAGUGUAGAUGAGAGCGAGGGGGAUGACCUUACGCUCCACAGCUUUCUCCCGGAAAACGAGAGGACUGCCUAAGCUCAUACUGUGUUCUAGGAACCCGUGGACCUAUGCUUCCAAGGGCCAGCAGGGAGCGUAGUGCAUAAAGAUAUGGAGCAAGGUUGCCCAGUGUUAAUGAAAUACCUGAAUAAACUGUAAGUUGUUUUGGAUAAAGGGAGGCUGUUUCUUGCCUUUGUGUCUUGGACCAGCGCGACUGGCUCAUGCUGUGGAUACGUCACUAACAGAAAGAGGAAGAGGCAGUGAAACAGGAAACCAGCGUUAGUGUUUUUUUUUUUUUUUUGCAUAAUACAUUCAACUGAACCUCCAUCCUCCUGGUUUGUGACAAACUGUUUUAAGACAGUUGCCAUUAAUGGACCUCGUGUGGUUUGAGGCCGUUUUUAGUCAUAUCCUUUCUGUUGGGCCUGUGAGUUCUGCCGUCUGCGUCACACCCAAAUGAACCUAUGCAUGUUUGUUUAUGCCGCUGAUUUCUGCAAAACUCUGCACUGGAGCUCAGAAGCUUUGCCAUCCUGGGUCCGUAUUCGCCAAUCAUCUUAAGGCUAAAAGUAGCUCCUAAGUCUGGGAGAACUAAAAGAAAAUCGAGAGGAUUCCUAAGUCACUAAGACCGAUUCGCAAACAGUUGCAAAAUGGCUGCUGUCAGUACAUGUUGCAAUGUCAUGGAAACAUUAAACCAAUGCUGAAUUACUUAAAGGAUACCGCUUCAGUCGGGAGGGAAUUCUGAUGGUUGUAGGGCUUGUGUACCAUUACCAACAAACCGAAGCAACCCAGUCAUACACAGUCGGACCCCCGUAUAAUAUAAUUGAAAUUGGUUCGAAAUGCAGCACAGCUGUUUCAAAUGCACUGUACAAAUUUAAUUACUGAACUGUAUAUAAUUCAAAUACGCUAUAAUACAGUACAGUACUGUACAUAAAAUAUAGCUUAUUGUAGUUUGGCUGCUGCGUCUCGCUGGCUCGUUUUUGGUGGUUUAUCAUUAACUUUGAUGAGUCUACAUUCGUAAUGGAGAGAAAAUGAUUUUCCCGUCCUGAUUUCUGUGCGCGCAGCAUUAGCCUCAGGUCGCUAGCCAGAAGCAGACAGGUCACCGCAAGGCAAAGUAGGGCGAUCAAAGUAAAGUAGUAAAAAUGGUACCACUUUACAAUAAGGCUACUCAUAUGAAGGGUUUAAUCUGGUUAUUAGUUGGGUUGUAACACUUUGUAGAUUAUUAAUAGACAAUUUUGAACAAGUUAUAACAAUGUUUUAUUUUUAUUAAUGAGUUACUACUAUUUACAAGUGACAAAAGGGAGCCUUAUUGUAAAGUGCUACUGUAAAAAAAGAAAAAAAGAAUGUGUAGUUUUAUUUUUUUUCGUAUAGUGUCAUUUAUAAAUAGACCCAAAGUGAACGCUAUAUGCGGACUGCUUGAUUACUAUAAGCGAAUUAUUUAAACAGUAUUUGUACAGGAAUGAUUCUGUCCCAAGCUUUUUGAUCCAUAUAAGCGGUUGAUCACUAUAAGCUUUUUCCACUGUUUAUUGGAUGUAGCUCGUACAUUUUCACCAGCACAUACUGGCCUCUCAUUUACCAAUCCUUGUGGUUAUUGCAGACAAGCUUGUGCACGAGAACUGUCGUCAGCCAAAGCGACAGUCUCACUUUUAUCUUAGGAGUUGGCUCUUUUCCUAACUAAAAGUUGCUCUCAGCCACUUUGUGAAUAGGUUUUAGGAAAAAAAAAACUAGUUAAAAACUUUUAGUGCGAUUUAGGAGUACUCUUAGUGGUAAGAUAAAAUGCUUUGUGAAUACGGGCCCUGAUUUCUUAACCUGUUACAGCUAAAGGUAUUGAGAAAGACCUUUUCAGGACGUUCUUCCUGGUUGUCUGUUUCCCAGGUGAUGGGCGCCUCAGCUCCUAAAUGCCGCAGGACGCUGUUGGGAGGCUUCUUGGUCCAUACAAUUCCUUAUCGUGUUACGUACCGCAAUCAUUAGAUUUUUACUUCUGCGGAUUAGACACUAUGGAAAGUCAUAACAUGAAGACUCAAAGGACAUUUUGAUCGUGCUUCUGCCCGCUACGAAGCCUGAUGCUGCCACGGAUCCAGCAGGACGUGUGACGGCACAGUCCAGUUCAAGGCCUCACGGCGACAGCCUUCCCCUCCUGUCAGCUAGGGGGCGCCACCUCGUCUCCCGCCAGCUGCAACCGCAGCAGAACUGAACACUUCUGAAGCAGUGGUGUCACCUUUUGGCUUCAGCCUCUAAAACAGAGUGACACGGGCCUCGGCGGGGUAGAACGGGGGAGGGGGCCUUCCCAGAGGAGGCCUUCAACUCCCCCCCACACCCCAAUGUCUCAUAAACUUUUGAAACUGGAACAUCAGUCUGGCAUCUUUGAAGUGACAUCUGCUGAUACUGAAGGUGCUCUGGAAAUCGGGUUGUGAAACCUCAUUGUUCAGAACUGCCAGUGUUAGCCAAAGGUCAGUGCUCGCCGCCACUGGCUCACUGGCCCACUGGCGGCAGCAUGUCAUCCUGUGAAUUAUUAUUCCGUGGACUUUUGUAGAUUUACGUUAUGCAGACCGCGGGUUAAGAAGGUCCGAUUUACAGACAACUCGCACUUACGUACCACCAUAAAGCCUAUUAUAUUAAAAAUUAGAGUUAAGUACAACGGCUCAUACUAACAAACGCACGCACUGCACUGUGACGCUCAUGAAAACAUUUGCAGCUUUAGCCGUUCGUCGGCUUGAGGUACAGUACAGUGCUGUAUGUAGCUACUUUUAUUAUUAUUGUAUAAUUAUCAUUAUUAUGCAAUGUAUUGUUAUUUUUCCGACUUUCCGAAGAAGGGAUUGCAUUUGUUACCUGGGGACUGCCUAUAUUGUAAAAUAUUCAUCAUUAUAAUGUUAUUACAAUAUAUACUUAAGCUGAAAGUUUAAUAAAGUAAUUUUAGGGUUGUUAUCCCAAAUGACAAUAUUAUUAUUCAUUUGUCUGUUAUCUGCUACUCUAACUUUAUAUUUCAGCUUAAGGAUAAAAGGGAACCUUAAAUUCAAAAA